GCCCCUCCCACGUGUUGCCGUGGGACUGCGGGCCUGCAGCCGCUGCACGCGGCACUCACCUACGUCGGCGGGGGCUGAGAGCGGGGCAGGGCCUAGGGGGACGGCCCUGCCCGGGGGGCGCGCGGGCGGCUCACCGGCACUUAACGGAGACAGGCGCCCACCUACCCCGGGGCGCGGCGGGGCAGGCCGGGCCGUCCGCCUCCUCCCCCUCGCUCAAACGCAAAGCCCCCCCCCCGCUGCUCCAGGCCACAGGCCCCGCCCGAGAGAGGCCCGCAGCGUUGCAGGGGGCGGGGCCGUGCGUGCUCGCGCCCGCCCAGCAUGUAGCGCGCGCGCGCGCACGCAGGCCGCUUUCGCCACGCCAAGGCGUCCGGGCACCAGGUUAAAGGGACAAAUGGCAGCCUCCUCUUCAUCCUCUUCAGCUGGUGGAGUCAGUGGAAGCUCUGUAACUGGAUCUGGGUUCAGUGUCUCGGAACUUGCCCCACCACGGAAAGCCCUCUUUACGUACCCCAAAGGAGCUGGAGAAAUGUUAGAAGAUGGCUCCGAAAGAUUUCUUUGUGAAUCCGUUUUCAGCUAUCAGGUUGCCUCUACAUUAAAGCAAGUGAAACAUGAUCAACAAGUUGCUCGGAUGGAAAAACUAGCUGGUUUAGUGGAAGAACUGGAAGCAGAUGAGUGGAGGUACAAGCCAAUAGAGCAGUUGUUGGGGUUCACUCCAUCCUCAGGCUGAAAGCUUUGGGAUCACUGGUGUUGAAAGACAACACAAAUAUACAACACUCGAGAUUGAUUUUUAAAUAUGCUGCAAUUUAUCAGUGUGUUCCCAGGUGCAUCAUGUUUUUUUAAAUCCACACCAGGUGGCUCUGUAAUAGUAUCCAGUAAGUUGCAACCACAAAACUGUAAAUCCUUUUAGUCUUCUGCAGGGUAGACAUUUGUUAAUAAUUCAGCAGGACCUGGUUUCUGUAACUUAUGAAAUACAGUAAGUUUUAAAGGCUUGGCGAAUAACCUGUUUGUUUAAAGGGGAAGGGAAGGUUAUUUUAAAAAACCCGAUCAUUUAUACUCACAAUGGAGUGUACGUGCCUGAACUGGCCAGGUAAUAUCAAUCAUUCAGGACCUGGAUACCUUUGCUGUUUUGAGUCCAAAUCCUAGAGGGAAAAAGCACAAGGCACUGAAUGGAAAGAAGAUUCUUUUUGAAGAUGAAUGUGAUAACAAACUGUGCAGGGUCAACUGAAGAGAAAAAUGUUAACUGAUUUCUAUAUCUAGAUCUCCUUGUUUUUGCUGAGUCUUUUCUGUCUGCUGGCAUGUUUUUUUUUUUUGACUGUACACAGAAUGAGAAGGGAACUACAGUUUAAUGCAGAGGCAAAUCUGCUCUCACUUUACCAUAAUGUACAAAACUGUUCAAUGGCCAAUAAAUUUCAAGAGUUUGAA